AUGCAACUCAGCUCAGCUCUCGCCUCCGGUGCUCUUUUGAGCGCCACCGCUCUCGCAGCCAACUCCACUUCUAGUGUCCCUUCCUCUUGUUCCAUCAAGAGCGGUGCCUCUGUCACCGCUCAGGCCGAUCUCGACAAGUACGCUGGAUGUCAAACCUUGGUCGGUGAUCUAACCAUCAGUGGUCAGUCCCUCACCGGUUCUGCCGCCCUUGCCAACGUCCAGGAGAUCGACGGGUCGCUCUCCGUGAACAACGCCACCAAGCUACAAUCGUUCUCCGCUGACAAGCUCAGCAAGAUCUCGGGAUCGCUCGAAAUGAAGUACCUCACAUUGCUCGAGUCCGCUUCGUUCGGCUCGCUGCAAGAGGUGGACUCCAUCGAGUUCCUCACUUUGCCAGCCAUCAGCUCCAUCUCCACCAACCUAAAGACCGUCAACCAACUGCUCGUCUCCGACACCAACCUGGAGUCCAUCGACGGUUUCAAUAACCUAGAAGAGGUCUCCGUCUUCAACGUCAACAACAACAAGGGUCUAACCCAAAUCAACUCUCAGCUACAGUCCGUUUCCGACGCUUUGCAGAUCGGUUACAACGGUAACGACGCCGACAUCAAGUUCGACAGCUUGGUCUGGGCCAACAACAUCACCGUCAGCAACGUCAGCUCUGUCUCCUUCAACAAGUUGCAAUCCGUCAACGCCUCUUUGGGUUUCAUCGAAAACUCCAUCGAGAGCCUAAACAUAUCUCGUUUGGGCUCCGUCGGUGGUACUUUGAGUAUCGUCGGCAACGACGACUUGACUGAGGUCCUUUUCACCAACUUGACCGAGAUUGGUGGUGCUUUGCUCAUUGCUAACAACACCGAUCUAGUUCAAAUUGAAGGUUUCAAAAACUUGAAGACCGUUGGCUCCGCUUUGAACGUUAUCGGUAACUUCUCCGAUUUGGACUUGAGCUCUUUGAAGUCCGUCAAAGGUGGUUGCGAUGUCGAAACCAAAUCCUCCAACUACACUUGUGACGGUUUGAAGAAGUUGCAAAAGAACAACGGUAUUCAAGGUGACGCUUUUGUUUGCAAAAACGGUGCCACCUCCACCUCCAUUAAGUUGUCUUCCACUUCCGGUGCCUCCACCGCUUCUGGCAGCAGCUCUUCUGGAUCCUCUGGUAGCUCCUCCGCCACUGCCACAAGCUCUUCUUCUUCCAAAUCUAAGGCUGCCGCUGCCGGUCAAGUUGUUCCUGCUUCUUCUUUCAUGGGUGCUGUCGCUGCCGUUGCCGUUGCCCUAUUGUAA